UGUUGUUUUGCACACAAGUUCUUUCAGGUUGAGGUUUGGCUUUGUAGAGCUCCGCGCUGUACUCCAAAAUAAACCUGGACUUUAUUAGUUAUCAUCCAGUCCUCUCCUCAUAUGCUUUUACUUUUCUGUUGGUGCAGAGCAAGGCAAGGUGAGUCUGAGAUGCUACCAGGUAAAGAUGGGCCGACAGAGGCAGGAAGGAGCCAGGACCCCUCUGUGUCUUCCGAGGACCCCUCUGUUAGUCUCUUCAGGGAGUACCUGAGGAUCAAGACUGUCCACCCAGAGCCUGAUUACGAGGCUGCUCUUAAGUUCCUGGAUCGAAUUGCAGCCGAGCUGGGGCUGCCCUUUAAGAAAGUUGAGGUCUGUCCCGGGCGAGUUGUGGGUGUAAUGACCUGGGAAGGGACGAACCCAAAGCUCAGAUCAGUCCUGUUGAACUCCCACACGGACGUGGUGCCUGUCUUCCAGGAACACUGGAAGCACGAUGCAUUUGGUGCAUUCAAGGACGGAGAAGGGAACAUAUACGGCAGGGGCACUCAGGAUAUGAAGUGUGUCACCAUCCAGUACAUAGAAGCUAUUAGGAGACUGAAGUCUGAGGGGAGAAGGUUUCCUCGCACAGUACAUUUGAUGUUUGUCCCAGAUGAGGAGGUUGGGGGUCACAAAGGAAUGGAGAUGUUUGUAAAUCUCCCUGAGUUUCAAGCUCUGAACAUUGGCUUUGCACUGGACGAAGGCCUGGCGAACCCUGGAGACUCCUUCACAGUUUUCUAUGGAGAGAGGAACCCAUGGUGGAUAACAGUAAGGUGUACUGGAAACCCAGGGCAUGGGUCAAGAUUCGUUGAAAACACUGCAGCUGAGAAGCUGCGCAAAAUUAUAAAUUCCUUCAUGGACUUCAGAGAGAAGGAGAAGACCAGAUUGAACACCAGUGAGUGUUUCACGCUGGGUGACGUCACCACAGUGAACAUGACCAUGGUGCAAGGGGGCGUGGCCUAUAACGUCAUCCCCCCUAACAUGGACGUCAGCUUUGACAUGAGGAUCCCACCCACCGUCAGUCUGAAGGAAUUUGAAGAGCAGAUUAAAGUGUGGUGUGAGGCCGCUGGGGAAGGUGUCACCUAUCAGUUUGCACAGAAACACAUGAACCAGAACUUGACCUCCACGGAGCACACUGACCCCUGGUGGAGAGCCUUCAGCACUGCGUGCAGCGCCAUGAACUUGGCUUUAAAAAAGGAAAUCUUUCCAGCAGCAACCGACAGCCGGUUUAUUCGAGCAGUUGGGUUGCCAGCAAUCGGCUUCUCGCCGAUGAAUCGAACCCCGAUCCUGUUACACGACCACAACGAGUUCUUGAACGAGCGAGUCUUCCUGCACGGCAUUGAGAUCUACUGCAGCCUCAUCCCUGCACUGGCCAGCGUGUCAGCCCUGCCCAGCGAGGCCUAAAGAGCGCGUGACUCCCACAGACACAACACGCUCUCACACAGAGCCAGUAGCACUUUACAAUCUAUACUGAUACAUCCUUCCUGAGUGCACCAAUACUGUUCAAGGGCUUGUAUUAGGUCAUUCGGGUAGGGCAACACAAAUAGAAUUGCCAAAUAUAUUCUGUCAUACAAUUUUAAGUACAUUAUAAAACCUCUAAUCAAGAGCAUCUCAGAACGCAGAAGAAAACAUUUGGAUACUAAAUUUUGUAGGAGGCAACGGUUUGAGAAUGAGCUUGCCUAUCAGGAUUCAGUCAUUUUAAUUUUUUUAACUUGGUGUCAGUGAAUCUUUGGAAAAGCUCCCAAAAUCUGACACCGUUUGAGAUUCAGCUGUGAAUAAAAAUAAAUAAAAAGCUGAUUUUUAAUUGGCAAAUGCACUUCUGAAAAUGAAAAAUAAACACAAAUGAGCUAGAGGCAUUGUCAGGGUUGAUACUAGAUGAGAAAUACAAAGAAAGAAUCUUUGGCAUUGGAUAGGAAAGGGUUUGCAUGCUCCAAUCCCACGAGGUGGAACAUACAGCUGGGAAUCCUGAUGGAUCUGUUCCAAGGCAACGGCACUGAUCUGCUCUCAAUGAGAUAUAAAACAAGCUUAAAAACUCCCUUUCAUUUCAGAUUCAUCCUGUUUCAGUCAUCACCUCUAUUCGUCUAUUACGCUUAUCUUUUCAGAUUUGAUUUGUACAGACUUUGCAGGGCUGAUGUCUUAAUUAACUUAAAAAAUAUGUAAAAAAAAGAAGGUCUCUUAAUAGUAUUGAAUCUACUUUUUUUCUAAUUCUAAUAAAGCUUCUCUUGUUCAAA